AUGCACUGUAAAUCAAAUUUACCGCCACGAUUCUUGCAAAAUGUACAAGGACAUCCGUCAAUAGUGAUAAACAGGGUAUUAAAGAUGUCGCGUAUACCUAAAAUAACACCGGCUAAAGAAAAUAGACCGGGGCUUUCAAAUACGAAAACCAAUAAUGUAAGGAGUACAAGAACUAUUGGGAACAGUCUAAGUGAUGCUGAUAAAAAAUGUCUUCUGCUCAACCAUACGAAGCCUAUUGUAAAACCUUCAACGAGUUCAACAGUGCCAGCUGCCAGGCUCAAGAGAGCUGCUACGGUGCCCAGUGCCAUAAAUUCUGCUCCCAAAGCGGCUAAAAUAGAACGUAAACCAAGUGCUGGACCAAGAAUUCCAGCUUAUGACUACAAAGCGAGAUUCAAUGAUUUACUAGAAAAGCACAAAGCUGUGAAGAACGAAUUAACCGAAUUAAAGGAUAAACAUUUAGAAGUUUCUGAUGACUACGAAAAGUUUAAAGACAUAUCCGAGAGCAGUGUUCAAGAAAAUAAAAUCUUGAAAGAAAAACUUUUGAAUGCUAUGACUGAACUAAGACAGAUAACUAGUGACUAUGACAGCAUUAAGCUUGACAAGGAACUCCAAAAGCGAGAAAUUGAAGAUCUUCACAAUAAAACAAAAAUAUUAGAAGAUGUUACACAUAGUUUAAAGCUAAAGUCGACUGAGUUUGACAGACUAAAAUUGGAAUAUGAUGAUUUAAACAGGCGUCACACAAGCUUGAAAGAAGAGACAGAAGCACUACGGGUUCUAACUGAACAACUUAAAAAAGUGUCAGCAGAACAUCAGCAAUUAAAGGAAGAUCACAAAGUUGCUCUUGAGGCAAUUACAAAAACUAAAUGUGACUAUGAAGCACUACAAAAUAUAAUUGACACAAUGUACAGAGAUCAAAGAAUUUUAAGAAAUACUGUUCAGGAUCUAAAAGGUAAUAUUAGGGUGUACUGUCGGGUUCGACCACCACUAGAGUCCGAAGCAAAUAAGCCAUUAUACAAUUUCAAUGUUCUUGAUGCUUGUUCCAUUGAAAUAGAGAAAAUUGAGUUACUGAACUCAGCAAGAAAGGGCAAGUCUCAGCACACCUUCACGUUUGACGGAAUUUUUACACCUCACUCUUCACAAGAGGAUGUAUUUGCAGAGGUAUCCCCAAUGGUACAGUCCGCAUUAGACGGUUAUAAUGUAUGCAUCUUUGCAUACGGUCAGACAGGCUCUGGUAAGACAUACACAAUGGAAGGUGGAUGUGGUGUGGAACAAUAUGGAAUUAUACCAAGAUCCAUAAAUAUGAUUUUCGAAUGUAUGCAAGACCUUAGACGAAUGGGCUGGGAGUUGACGAUUAGAGCAUCCUUCUUAGAGAUCUACAAUGAAGUAAUAUAUGAUCUUCUUAACUCAAACAAGGAGCAGGAGAACCAUGAUAUCAAAAUGGUUAACUCAAAAGGGUCUGAUUUAUAUGUUUCCAACUUGCGUGAGGAAGAAGUGAAGAGCUCUCAUGACUUCAUCAGGUUGCUAAUUUUUGCGCAACGUAACAGACAAACGGCUGCCACAUUAAAUAAUGAAAGGAGUUCACGAUCCCAUUCUGUGGCACAAAUUAAAAUUUCAGCUAUUAAUGAGAAGCGUAAGGAAAAGUUCACCAGCCACCUUAAUCUGGUUGACCUUGCAGGUUCGGAAAGUGGAAAAACGACUCAGAGGAUGGAUGAAACAAAACAUAUAAAUAGGUCCUUAUCGGAAUUGUCCAAAGUAAUCCUAUCCCUGCAGACAAAUCAGUCUCACAUUCCAUACAGAAACUCUAAGCUGACACACCUUCUUAUGCCGAGUUUGGGUGGAAACUCAAAGACCCUUAUGUUGGUAAAUAUUAAUCAAUUUGAUGUUAACUUCAAUGAGACUCUUAACUCCUUGAGAUUUGCCACCAAUGUUAAUAGCUGUCGGAUGGUUAAAGCUAAGAAGAACCUUACUAUGGUAGAUUUUUAA